UGAGGAUAGAGAAAAGCAAAAGAAGAUCAGUCGGUUUCAUGCAUCAUCUUUAUUACUCAUCUUUUGCUUUGCUGCUCCUGCCGCUUUUUCAGCCACUUCUAAAUGAACACUCUCUCUUUAUACUUACCUCGCCCAAAUGUUCCUUACUUAAUUUGUCUUUACCUCCCUCACCAUAUAUAUAUAUAUAUAUAUAUAAUGCUUUUUGAUGCAUGAAUGGCAAGUCUUCCAACUGGAUCUCGCACGUACUAGCUAGUACUAGAGUGGUGGACAGAGACAAUAUCAUAAUUGAUUAGAAUCUGAGACUGAGAGUGAUUAUAUAUAUCAGCUGCAAAACAAGCAAGACAAGGAUCAGUAUAUAGAGAGAGAGUGUGUGUGAGAGAGAUAACGAUUAUGGAGAUGUUGUCACAGUUGUGGUCGUUGCUAGGACUGCUGACAGUCCUCCAGAAUGUCCUGCCUUCCCAGCUCCUGUCCCUCCUCCAUUCCUUGUACCAGUCUCUCCAAGACAUGCUCUGCCCCUACUCCUAUUUCGACGUCCCAGAAUUCAACGGCUAUUGCGGCGUCCACCUCAACGAUCUCUACCGCCACGUCAACCUCUACAUCAACUCCCUCGUCAACGUUAACGUUAAUGUCACCUCCAACCCCUCCUCAUCCUCAUUCAAUGCACGCCUCACCCUCUCCCGCUCCAACUCCUCCAACCGCAUCUCUUUCACCGUCGCACCCAACCACUCCGUCAGCGACUCCUUCAGCGGCCACAUCCUCUCCUGGACCCACCACGUCGACACCGUCCAAGACUCCCUCGACGAGAAGCGCUCCUUUGUCCUCAAGCUCCCCAAGCGCCACCGCCACGCCCUUCUCCACCCCUACCUCCACCACCUCACUGCCCGUGCCGAGGAAUUCGAGCGUGUCUCGCGCGAGAGGAGGCUCUUCACUAACAACGGCCACGCCUCCUACGACUCCGGCUGGGUCUCCGUCCCCUUCCGCCACCCCUCCACCUUCGACACCCUCGCUCUCGAGCCCCAACUCAAGAGUCAGCUAACCGGAGACCUCAAGGCGUUUGCCAACGGCAAAGACUUCUACCAUAGGGUGGGACGUGCCUGGAAGCGGGGUUACUUCCUGUACGGCCCUCCGGGGUCUGGCAAGUCCAGCCUGAUCGCUGCCAUGGCCAACUACCUCUGCUACGACGUUUACGACCUCGAGCUCACCAAGGUUUCAGACAACUCCGAGCUAAGAGCUCUGCUCAUACAGACCACCAACCGCUCCAUCGUAGUCAUAGAAGACAUAGACUGCUCCCUCGAUCUGACGGCGGACAGACAGCAGCUCAGGCUGUCCAUGAAUACCAAGAGUACUAGAUCAAAGGCUAGAUUAAGAUCGCGGCAGCAGAAGCAGGAGGACGAGGAUUGCGAUGAGCAAAACGCGGGGCGAGUGACGCUGUCGGGGCUGCUCAACUUCACGGACGGGCUGUGGUCGUGUUGCGGAGAGGAGCGGAUCAUAAUCUUCACCACCAACCACAGGGACAAUGUGGAUCCAGCGCUGCUCCGCUGUGGCCGCAUGGACGUCCACGUCAACCUCGGCAACUGCGGACCCCACGCCUUCCGGGCAAUGGCGAAGAACUAUCUGGGAUUGGAUUCGCACCCGCUGUUCGAGGCUGUGGACCGGUGCGUGAGAUUGGGUGGGGCCCUCACGCCGGCCCAGGUGGGAGAGAUUCUGCUCAGGAACCGUGGGGAUACCGACGUGGCAAUGAAGGAUGUGGUGUCAGCGAUGCAGGCGAGAAUUAAUUUGGAUGGCGGUGGUGGGGGCGGCCAAGAUCAGUUAGCGGAGUUAUACUCAUCAUGCGAUGAUCAGACGGUGAUGAUGAUGAGGGCAACGUCGUCUCCGGAGAGCGUGCUGGUGGGUGUGGGUGGUGGGUCGCCAGAGAAUUGGGUUUCGUCAUCGCCGCCGGGGAGUGGGAGGAAGAAGAAGGCCGCCGAAGGGGAUCAAUGCCAGAGGAUGAAGAUGAAGUUCUUAGUGAGGUUGAGGUCUUUGACCAAGUCUGACUCCGGAAGAAGGGGGGUCUGUCUGACCUGUCCUAAUUCCUAGCUCCUCGGUAAAUUAAUGGAGAAAUUUUGGGUGUCUUAAUGAAUUAUUUUUAUUUAUUUUGGAAUUAAUAGAAUUAGUUUGGUUAAUUAGUGAUGUUACUAAUUCGUAGGUAGGUAGGAGGAUCUAAUCUUGUGUGUUUGGGUGUAUGUUGUAGUUGAGGUACUCUUUCUAACUAGCAACUUUUAAUAAUUUUCAAUUUAAUUGGUU